UCUGGAAAAUCAUUCCUUCUUCAAUUUGCGUUGACAGAGGUUCAUAAGUUAUAAAAAUGAUUUCAAAAAUAAUCUUGAUAACGGUGCUUGCUAUCGGAGCUAAUUGCCUGUACCUUCCAUAUGAAUACAGCAGACCUAUAGGAUAUGUGACUGAUUUCGACUUAGAUCAACCGAUUGAAUCAGUCCAUCCCAUCCUUAUAAGAGAUCGUCGGCAAGUUCAUGGAGUAGCUAACACCAAUCCUGAUGGAACCGCUAAUAUUAUGGCCAAACUUCCACUUGCGGGUAAUGAUAAGAAUAUAUUGAGUGCUAUUGGUGGCGUGCAAGGAGUGAAACCAGGCGGAUCAUUUGGAGCUGCAUCAGGUGGUCUAGCAUUGGACAAUGUAAAUGGCCACGGGCUAAGCUUAACAGGCAAGCAUAUUCCGGAUUUUGGAAACCAACUUACAGCGGCCGGUAAACUGAACCUGUUACACACGGAUAAACAUGACUUUAACGCAAACGCUUUUGCUACCAGAAACUUGCCAAGUAACCCAGCUAUACCCAACUUUAACACCUACGGCGGUGGUGUUGAUUAUACCUUCAAUCAAAAAGUUGGAGCUUCCUUGGGAAUGGCACAUACUCCGUUGCUACAGAAGACAGACUAUUCCGCAAUGGGGAACCUAAACCUCUUCCGCAAUCCAACUUCUUCUUUGGAUUUCAGUGCCGGUGCAGCAAAAUCCGUUUCUCCGUUUAUUCCUAACAGAUCCUGGCAACCUACUUUGGGACUUUCGUUUUCAAAAUAUUUUUAAGUUAACAAACGUAUUACUUUCUUUACAGUCCGUUUGAAUUAUUUUAAUGAAUCUCAAUAGAGUGUUGUCUGUGAUAAGUAGUUUAUAUGCUUUUUUAUAAUCACUAAAAAAUCUCAAAAUAAAAAAUAUAAAAAAAUAAAACAACCUGUGCAUAAAA